AAUGCAAAACGGAAAACACACAUUGCAUAUUCAUGAGCGUUCAUGUUUUGUUAAAUACAUUGCAUAUUCAUGAGCAGUGGUAUAGUUAAAAUGUAAUCACUCGCUACCAGUUGUACACAAGCCAAGUCGGAGCGUACCACAGUGAACGAGUGCGUUAUCAGAACUUUAUAUACUAAGGAGCAGAUAAUUGUUUAGACUUUGGAAGAUGUUCUUCUUGAUGUUCUUGCUCAUGACAACUCGUGUUGAAUCCCACGCCCUGUCGAUGUCCAGAGCUAAUGGACGUCUGGUGUCGAGUCAUUCUUUACAUCAUUCAUCAGUAAGGGGUUUAACCGAUUGUGUACAACUUUGUUUGCGUCACUUUGAAGAAUGUUCCUCUAUAGCUUACGAUAGAGACAGACAAAUGUGUGACGUAUUCGCCAGUAAAUCUGAAUAUCAAUUAGUCACGCUGAUGUUCCCAACGAAUGUACUGCUGUACACGACACCAACGUAUCGCGAUUGCACUGAAGUCAAGCAACGACUGAGUGGUGAAAGUGGUGUUUACCAAAUUAAACCAUGCUCAUCGUGUGACGCGUUUCUCACUUAUUGUGACAUGGACACUGAUGGUAAAGCGUGGACGGUAUUUCAGCGACGGAAAGAUGGGUCUGUAAAUUUCAACCAGAAUUGGCAAAAUUAUGCGUCUGGAUUUGGUGCUUUGAGUGGCGAGUUUUGGCUCGGGAACAAAGAAAUCCACACUAUUACGUCGUCAGCAAAGUAUGAAUUUCGUAUAGAUAUGGUUACCAAAGAUGACAACGCUUAUCACGUCACCUACGAGUCGAUUGAGAUUGGAAGUGAAGCUGAAAAUUUCAGACUAAAUUUGGGAGAUUACAUCGGUGUUAAGUCUAAUGCAAUUGAUGGGCUUCUCUGCGGUGGGACUGCAAUGUGGUGCAGCAAUGGUAUGAGCUUCUCUACACCAGACAGAGAUAACGAUAAUUCCGAUGGUUCCUCCUGCAGUAUUUCGAACAAGUGUGGUUGGUGGUUCAACGCAUGUUACCGUUCUAAACUUAAUGGUGAAUAUAAACAGGGAAUUGUCUGGGACAUUUACAGGAUGCAUUAUAUUUUACGAUUCUCAGAAAUGAAAAUGCGAAGAAUCGUCUGAGGACAAAAAAUGACGCUUUAUUAUGCCUUGCCUUUUAUUAUUUAUUUUCAUAUUUGCAUACUUUUGAAUCUCAAUUUGUGAUCUGUUGUUAGAUUCCGCUGAAUUACAUGGCAGUGGCUAUCGGCACU